GAACGAACUACUCUACGCGCUGGACUUGUUAUCACCUGUUGUCAAAAUCGGAAAGGAAUAUUAAGUAUACUUUUGUUCCAGUUAUGGAGGCCGUUGAUGACAGCCUUUCAAUAAGUAUUUUGGAAAACUCACCUGACAAGUACUUUUGUACUCUUUGUUCUCCUGUCUAUUCUGUUUGCUUAAACGAAAUAAAUGCCUUGGAAAUACAUAUUAGAUCUGUCCACCCGGAUAGUAAAUGUCUUCGCUGUGUUUACUGCUCUGAGUUAGUUUCUUCAGUAUCCAUUUCGAAGCACAUUGAAAAGCACUUCUCUUCUACAGAUGUCCAAAAUCUCCCUUUCAUAUGCCCUUGCUGUCCGAAGGCAUACAGCACGAUGAAAGCACUUGCUCAGCAUGCUUUGGGCUUACAUAAUAUGAAUAAAAGUGAUGUAUUUUUUAAAUGCGGCCAUUGUGAUGAGUUUAUGGAAACACCUAUGGAAUUAAAAUCUCAUCUCAACAAAUACUCUCUCAUUUUGUAUCACUGUUGUUUUCCUAACUGCCGUGUCAAAUCCAGAAAUCCAGAACUAGUCAAGCAACACGCGAUGAAGUUCCAUGAAACAAAUAGUCCUUUGAUUUUUACUUCUUAUUCGUUUAUGUGCUCGUGGCCUUCUUCGGUGCGACCGACCGCUCUUCAAUGCUCGUCCGGAGUCAUAAAGUCAACGUGUCGCGUUCCAUGUUCAUUUUUCUGUGCUCAUUGCUCUUUUGGUACGGUCCACUUAGAAAGCUUCGCUCAACAUUUGGCAAUAUGUCGGACUAUUUCCUCCCAUCUUCUCAUCACUUCCUUAUCGGUCACUUGUGUUCUUCAUCGUUGUUCAGAAUGUGGCUGGAUGACCAAUGUCCGUAGUAUGCUCACUGAGCAUAUUCAGGAUAUGCAUCCUUUAAUCUCAGAGGAGGAUGGAGUAAUCACAGAAGACUUCACAGUCCCUAUAUCAGAUGAGUCUAUCACUGAAAAUUAUAACUUCAUCAGCAAAAAUAUGGAGAAUUUACGCAACUCCCCACUUCAACAACUACCUAACUUCUUCUCAUCUGGGAAUUCAACUUUCCUCCAUAAUAACAAUGGUAUCACCUUACGUAAUGAACUCCCAUUACUUUGCCCAGCCUCAUCAAAUCUGUCAGCUGAAGUUGCUAAGCACCUGUCAAAUAUUCAUGGACCAUCGUCAAUCGAUAGUUGUGAAGUUGAUGAAGUUGGAGAUGGGGAAGACCACACUGGUGUUGAAGGCGAUAACGAUGAAGUGAAAAAUCUAAGUAAAGAUAAUGAUGCGAACAGCAGGGUUGUGAACUCCACUCUAUCUAAUGAUGUGUCUGCUACUGAUUCUAAAUCCGAUAACGUUACGGAAGCAACUGCUGAGGAGUAUGUUCAGUUGUACUUCAAUGAACAAGCAUUUGUGACUGCGUAUAUGAAAAAUGAAAAGUUUAAUAAUCCUAAUAAUGAUACUGAAAAUGAGGAACUGUCCAGUGUCCUAGAGAAAUUACGUCGGUUCGCUAGCUAUCGUGUCCCCAUUCUUGGUCGUGCAAACCAACGUCGUGUUGCUGGCUGUCCCGAAUGCCUUAAACCGUUUAAUCAUGGAUUUACUGAUCUCAAGAAACAUCUUCUCGUAACUCAUCUUGGUGUUCGUCGUGACAUAUCUCGCUUUACCAUUGAUUUCACUCACUCCAGUAGAAACCAUAGUAGUGGGAUUGCAAGUCAGUCUAAAGACCCACGAAAUAAUCUAAGUGCUUCUCCCCAGGUGAAACAUCCCUUUGGAAUUCGAAAUGGACGUCUUUCUAGUAAGGCGUUCCGUCGAAAACCUUUUCCAAUAUUAUCGCUUUCUAGCCCUCUCUCUAAACGCCCCAAUACAGGUAAAUAUGAUGAUUCUCAAAAAUCACCAACAGAACCACUAGCCACUGUUUCUUCCGACGGUCUUCCAACUUUAGUGACUCCUGGCUCCUCCUAUUCUGGUGGUGCUCCAGUGCAUCGUGUUAUUCCCGGGACAGGUGUUUCUGAUCAUUACGAAGAUAUGCGGUCACUGGAAGAAGUUUCCGCCCAAGCACCCAUAGGUAGAGGUGGUAUUAUUCCUCUUGAUGAAAUGGGUAAUCCAAUCGUUGCCGCUGUUGUGGCUGCAGGUCAGCCCCAGGCGUCCACUUACUCAGGUGGAACAGAAAUCUUCCUUCCGAAAGUGGGACGUCAACGCAUUCAGUUGGCAUACUCCUUCCCUGUAUUUAACCGUUUACUGGAAGCUUAUCAAGUCCCAAUGCCGGAGAGGAUUCAGCUUGUAAAUCGCAUGAAUCACUAUGCUCGAUUGCAUGUGAUAAUGGAUGUUUUAGUUCCUGGAGGAGCGCAAAAACGUUUUUCUUGCCCGACAUGUAUGUAUACUUCAGUGCACUCAUUAGCUGAUAUUCGUAAACAUAUUAUGGGUUCUCAUUGUGGCAUUUCUACUAAACGAUUUAGACUUUGUCUUCGAGCUUCAAGACAUGAUACAACAACAUAUCGGUUGCAUUCAGAUGACAGAAUGAUUCGCUUUGUUGAAGAUCAUAGACGGCGACAAAUACAACUAACCGAUGCAAGGUCAAAUUUAAAAGUCGUUCAUACUGACAGUGAUGCUGAAGAAAUAAGAGAAGAGUCAAAUGAAACAUAUUCACAGUUGAUCAAUGAUGAAAACAGUCACUAUACAAAUGAUUUACCUAGAUCUCAGACUUCACUUAAUGAUCAAGAAGAACUUGAAACACAAACUAUUGAAACUGAUCUGUAUGAUGAUAGCCAUCAGGAAGGAAUACAAGGCGCAGAUGAGGAAAGUGAUAAUCGUUUUCUAACCGCUAAUGUAAACAUUAAUUCUGAUGAAAAUUUUCUCACUCCAUUCAAAAUUCUGGACAAUAGUAAUCCAAUAACAAAUGACAAUAGUCCAGAUGAAAAUACAAAACAAACUGAAGAGUUUCAUCGCCGCAUUGAACUACCCUUCUCUGAUAAUGUGUUACGUGUUUUACUGGAACGUGAAGGAAUGCUAGAUCAGUAUGAUGAUUUAGUAGCUAAAAUGCAAAUCUACUCUAAACACCAUCUUACUGUUGUUUCACGAGGAAAUAGAAUUUAUUCAUAUAUUUGUAUAUGUGGACGUCGUUUUGCAGUUGUACGCGAUGAAAUAGAAAGCGAUAUUAGACCAGCAAGCCUAGCAGAUUGUAGACGUCAUAUUCUGGGAGUUCAUGCUCGUAUUCCUCAAGAACUAUUAACUUUAUGCUGUCAAGCAUCCCGUAUUUCUAAAGAGUCUGGAUAUAAACUGUACGCUGAUACUUCUCUUUUGGCAUUAGCUGAACAACACAAAUUCCGGAGCACCAGGAUUCAAAGCUACAGUCGUAAACCAGAGGGUGGAAUAUCUCCUAUAAAGCGUCCUUUGGAAGCUGUUUCAUCCAAUGAUUCAGAAGGAAUUCCAGAUACAUAUGUAUCCACCACUUCAUCCAAUACAAUCACUUCACGACCUAGCAUAUCUUACUCAAGUAUGAGCUUCAGUCAUUCUGCACCUAGCCAAAUCGCUCUACACCAUUCAUCCUCAUAUUCUGCAAACCAUCCUUUACCGCCCAUGUUACGUGCUCCAGCCGUCAAAUACGAACCAAAUGAUUCGGGAGAGUCUCCACCCCGCGACUGUGAUAGAUUGAAUGGUAAAGUACCCAAUAUUGACUCUUCUAAAAGGUCUCCUGAACCGAAUCCAUAUGCAUUUGAAGAACGGCAUAGUGGUCUAGACUUAGAAGCACCUCGUCGUGUACUUACUUCUGAAGAAUCUGCGAUGUGGAGUCAGAAGUUGGGUUUACCCACUGCAUGGACUUUGGAAAGGAUUGUUAGACUACUUUAUAGUCCUGCAGUUUUUGAUCAUCAAGUGAGAUCUCUCCUACCUGAAGGUGAUAGCUUCAUUGCUAGUUUACAUGAACGCAUGAAAGUGUAUGCCAGACAUUCAGUAUACAUCACUCGAUUGAGAGAAGCUCCCAAUCCUACUCAACGCAUUUACGUUUGCUGUGCCUGCUUAACUACAUCUCAUCAUGGUUUCGGAGAUGUAAGAAAGCAUAUACUAGGUGUUCAUGCCCAUGUUCCAGAACGUUUUAAGUCUGCAGCAAUGUGCUCCAGUAGACUGAAUAGAGAUGAUUAUUUUUUGUAUACUGACAGUCAACUUAUACAGCUAGCGAAUACACCUGGACGCAACGCAAGUUUAUCAGCAUUAGGAGCUCUGUCGAACAAAACUCUAUCACCUCUGAAUCAUAGCCCAGCAUCUCAAAAACUUCGCCAAAACGAUUCCGACUAUCUAUCUCCUCAAAAUACCCCAAAGAGAAAAAGACGUUAUUCUGGUACUGAAAAUGACUCCGUUGACCUUGGCAUUAAAUCAGAGCCUUCUAGUCAAUUUUUACCUGAUGAGUGUACAACACAAACUACUCAUCAAAAUGGACAUGCUGCAUUUUCUCCCGAUUUACCUGGAAAAUCUUACGAUGAUCUUGAUGAACAUCGUCCCCCAAUCAUUCUUACUAUACCCCGUCCUAAAACUUUCCAUCCAUCUGAUCAACCAGAUGACUUACCUCCUCGAUUCUCCUCCUCUAUGAAUAAUGUUGUAGAAAAGCCGGUUGAUGAGUAUUUAACUGCUGAUGGUGUUUAUUCAUCAUCCGGUUCCCGUAGUAGACGUUCAAUGAUACUUAAAUCAAAACGGCCGUGUCCAACAUCAACGUAAACUGAUUCAUUUAUAUUCUUUAUCUUCAGUAUGAAUCGUACUGAAUUUUGCUUACUACUGUUGCCACUGUCAAGUGACAAAUCUUCUCUUGUACAUAUUUAUAUAAAUAUACAUAUUAUCUUAUUAGCUAUUAUUUGUAAAACAAACUGUAACACAAAAUGAAUACCUCCAAUCAUAAAAUUUCAAUCUAAAUUGUCUAGCUAUCUAAUUUAUUUGUAUGGCAAAAAAUGUUUCAUAGCCUUUUUCCUAAGUUUACCUUUUUAUUUAGUGGCAUAUUGUUUUGUAAUGUGUUCUCAACAACAGCCUAAACCGAUGCUUGUUGUUGUAUUUACAUCUUUUGAUAUUAAGUAGUUCGUGAGUAUAUAUAUAUGGCAAUAUCCCUGUUCAGUAAAGAUUUCAAAAGAGAUUGGGAGAACAACGAAAUGUGAAAUAUAUAUAUAUAUAUAUAUGCUUCUCAGCGUUAUUGUUUUUCUCCGUUAUUAACAGUAUAUCGUAACUUUUUCUUCUACACCAUAUUCUGAUCUGAAUGUAGCCCCUUUCCUUCUAUCUGUCUAUUAUUGACUGUCUUCACAAGUACGCCUUUUUAAUUACUGACAAUUCUUUUGUUCCACUUAUACAUUUACAUACAAUUACCCGAAUAUGAUAUGAUAUAUAUGCUUAAUAUGACAUUCCAAUCUACACUUAUUUCUAAUAUGUACAUUUUUGAGUAAACAUGUUCGUGUAUAAUGGAUGAUGAAGUUGAUGAUAAUGCCUCUACUCAGACAGAAAUUGUUAAUUUUUCUCUUUUUUUUGUGAUUGUUUUGCGAUUUGAUUAAUUAGACUUUCUUUUUUGUUUUUGUUUUCGUGAAAUGCAAGUUCGUCUUUCGAGUAAUUCAUUCAUCGGACAAUUGUAUAAAAGGUAUUCUCGGUUAAUAGUUAAAUGCGACGUUGUAUGAAGCAGUAAAUUCGGGUAAAUGCGAAUAUUAUAAAAGGGUCAACUUUUGG